CUGUCUCCUCGUCCCGCGUUUCGUCAGCCAUUUCUGAUUCAGCACAGCCAUGGCGUCCUUUAGCUUCGGCUCUUUGCUGAUUCUCUCAGCCAUCUUCAGGUUUGUACUCAUACUCUACGGCGAGUGGCAGGAUGCGAACAUGGAGGUCAGAUACACUGAUGUCGAUUACAUCGUAUUCUCAGACGCUGCUUCUCUAAUGGCGUCCGGAAAGUCCCCCUACAUGAGAUCCACUUACAGAUAUUCACCAUUGCUCGCGUUUUUGCUCAUACCGAACACUAUCUUCCAUCGCUGUUGGGGAAAAUUUCUAUUCUCAGCAUCAGAUUUGCUCGUCGGGUACUUUAUACGUACUAUUUUGAAGAAACGUGGGGUUCCAGAAAAUUUGUGCAUCGGUUCUGUUAUGGUUUGGCUUUUUAAUCCGUUUACGUUUACCAUUGGCACCAGAGGAAACUGCGAGCCUCUUGUUUGUGCAAUGGUUCUUAAGAUUCUUUUGUGUCUGAUGAACGGCCAGUUGCUACAAGCUGCAUUUUGGUAUGGACUUGUCGUCCAUUUCAGAAUCUACCCGAUCAUUUAUGCCCUUCCUAUUCUUCUGAUUCUGAACCAGAAUGUAUUCAAAUCUGGUCUGAAUCCCGCUCUACAAAAUUGGAGCAAGGGUGAUGAAAAGGCUCCUCAGAGCAAUUUACCGUCGAGGUUGGCUCAUAUCUUUAAUCCAUUGUUUCUAUUAAGAUCCAUAAUGACUAAGGAGAGAAUCAUUUUUGGCCUAAUUUCUGGUUCGAUUUUCAUCUUCUGCACUGUACUGUUUUAUUAUCUAUAUGGUUGGGAAUUCCUGCAUGAGGCGCUACUCUAUCAUCUUACACGUACUGACCCAAGACACAAUUUCUCAAUAUAUUUCUAUCACAUCUAUCUUCACCAUGAACGCGAGUUCUCGGUUGUGGAGAAGCUCAUUUCAUUUCUGCCUCAGUUAGUAGUGCAGCUUGUUCUCGUUUUAUCAUUUGCUCAAGAUCUUCCAUUCUGCUGGUUUGCACAGACAGUUGCAUUUGUGGCAUUCAACAAGGUAGUCACAGCACAAUAUUUUGUUUGGUUCUUCUGUCUUCUACCUUUGAUUCUUCCUUGGAGUAAGAUGAAGCUCAAAUGGAAAGGCGUUUUAUCAGUAUCAAUCUGGACGGGAGCACAGCUUCAUUGGUUGAUGUGGGGUUAUUUGCUGGAGUUCAAAGGAAAGAAUGUGCUGAUUCAACUAUGGCUAGCAAGCAUCUUGUUCUUGGCGGCAAACACAGCCGUUUUGAGCUUAAUCAUCCACCAACACAAGCUAUCUGCGCUUUUUGUGCUACCCGAAACGGCAGUUGAUAAUACGAAAAAAUCCAAGAAAUGCAACUGAUGCAUUAUAUAUGUAUUUAGUGAUUAGCUCUAAUUAUUUAACUGUUAACAGCUCUCUUCUUUGUUGUUAGUUUCGGAGAACCGCAUUUUCAAAGGUGUACUUUGGAAGAGAUUUUCUUUUCUUCUUUUUUGUUCCUUCCUUCAAGAGUUCUUUUUUAAUUAAAAUGACAUUUCUCACUUUAAUGUA